CCGUGAUGUGACGUUGUACAGGAACAUGGCGCUUUGGAGGAGAGGUGUUUCAUGAUACUCAGAGCUAUUGAUUAAUUUGCUUUAGCUAUGUUCAUUUAAAUAACAUUUAGGCAAAUACGCCAAAUAUGAUAGGUCGUGAAAGGUGAUCGCUCAUUUUGUCUCCAUGGACAACGAGGCUCUAUAUUUCUUUGCGGUGUUUGCUGUCGUCAGCUGAAACUGUUAGCACUGAUAUGCUAGCGUUAGCUGAGGCUAGUUAGCUGGCUAAUAGUAAGUCGCUAACGUUAAACAUACAGGAACUAUGCUUGUUUACGUAGGCUACACGGACGUUAAACUGAGUAUCAAUGAUUAAAACACUUAAUGUAGCAUCUAAUCCGCCAUUUACUAUUUAGGACGACGAUUCCAAUAGCUAACAUUUGUGUGCUAAGCUAGGAGGAUGAAGAGCCGCCAUGGAUAUGUUUUGUUGCUGGCCAGUGGGGUUUUUCUGUCGGCGUUCUGGCUGUCUGAAGGUGCCCCUCUUCUGUAUCCACACAAAUCAGGAGGAAGCACAGGGGACACGUCCGUGCCUCUCUACCUGUCCCUUUUGGUGUCACUGACGGCGCUUGUGUCCUUGGUGGUAUUGCUAGUGAACUGCGUGACCUGCUGCAAGGAAAGGGAGAUCAACUUCAAGGAGUUUGAGGACCACUUUGACGAUGAGAUUGACUUCACUCCACCGGCAGAGGACACGCCUUCCAUGCAGUCCCCAGCCGAGGUGUACACCCUCGCUGUGUCCCCUGUGGCCCUGCCUGGACCCCCACACCUCCAACCUCCUGCCCGCGUCGCGGGUCAGACAGAUGCACACUCACUUAUAUAGCAUUUCUAAUUAUUUGCGAUUUAUAUUGCA